GCUGCUCACCAUGUGUGAAGUACCCCGUGGGCUGUCCACAGUUCCCUUGCCCCUGUGUCCAGGGGCAUCUGUCAGUGUCAGAUCCUUCCCCAGAGUUCAGUUAUGGGUGUGAGAGGUUUGCAGGGAUUUGUGGGAAGUACCUGUCCACAUGUCUGUACAGUAGUAAAUUUCAAAGACCUGGCUGAGCACCACCGCAGCAGGCAUCCAGAGUGCACUCCUUCGGUUGUGGUUGAUGCCAUGUGUUGUCUCAGGUACUGGUAUACUCCAGAAUCUUGGAUCUGCGGUGGCCAGUGGCGAGAGUACUUUUCGGCUUUGCGAGAUUUCGUUAGAGCUUUUACGGCUGUUGGCAUCAAGUUGAUCUUCUUCUUUGAUGGCAUGGUGGAGCAGGGUAAGAGAGAUGAGUGGGUGAAACGAAGACUCAAGAACAACAGGGAGAUAUCCAGGAUUUUUCAGUAUAUCAAGUCACACAAGGAGCAGCCAGGCAGGAACAUGUUCUUCAUCCCCUCAGGGCUGGCUGUGUUUACGAGGUUUGCUCUCAAGACUCUGGGUCAGGAAACUGUGUGCUCCUUACAGGAGGCAGACUAUGAGGUGGCCUCCUAUGGUAUGCAGCAUAACUGUCUUGGGAUUCUUGGGGAAGACACUGAUUACUUAAUUUAUGAUACUUGUCCCUACUUUUCAAUUAGGGAGCUCUGCUUACAGACUUUAGACACUGUCAUGCUCUGUAGAGAGAAGCUCUGUGAGAGUCUGGGCCUCAGCUUGGCAGACCUUCCUCUUCUGGCCUGCCUUCUUGGCAACGACAUAAUCCCGGAGGGUAUGUUUGAAAGCUUUCGGUACAAAUGCUUGUGCUCCUACACCUCUGUAAAAGAGAACUUUGACAAAAAAGGCAACGUUGUCUUAGCUGUUUCAGACCACAUAGAUAAAGUUCUUCGCUUGCAUCAAGGUGAGAAAAAACUAGAGGAGAUAUUGCCUCUGGGACCAAAUAAAGCUCUUUUUUAUAAAGGAGUGGCAUCAUAUCUUUUGCCAGGACAGAAAUCCCCAUGGUUUUUCCAAAAACCCAAAGAUACAAUAACUUUGGACAGGCAAAUAAUAUCCAUGAGUUCAGACCCUGAGUCCAAGCAAGAAGUUCCCGUGCAUAUGAACCCUGAAUCCAAGCAAGAAAUUCCUAUGUGUACAGACCCUGAAUCCAAGCAAGAAGUUCCCAUGCAUAUGAACCCUGAAUCCAAGCAAGAAAUUCCUAUGUGUACAGACCCUGAAUCCAAGCAAGAAGUUCCCAUGUGUACAGAACCUGAAUCCAAGCAAGAAGUUCCCAUGUGUACAGACCCUGAAUCCAAGCAAGAAGUUCCCAUGUGUACACACCCUGAAAUGAAGCAAAAAUUGCCUGUGGGAACAGACCCUGAAUUUAAGCUAGAAGCAUCCAUAUGUACAAACCCUGAAAUUCAACAAGAAGACCCCAUGAAUAUGGGGCCUGAAACAAAGCAACUAGUAACCAUGGUUUCAGACCCUGAAAUCUUAAAGGUUGCGAGGACACAUCACGUCCAGGCCGAGAGCUACCUUGUGUACAAUGUCAUGAGCAGUGGCGAAGUCGACUGUAGCAACACCCUGGAGGACGAGCUGGACCAGGCCCUCCCCAGCCAGGCCUUCAUCUACCGUCCCGUCCGGCAGCGUGUUUACUUUCUCUUGUUGGGAGACUGUAAAGAUGGCACCAGCACCUGCCCGGCUGUCAAGGAGUGGUUUGUGUACCCUGGGAACCCACUGAGGCACCCGGACCUCGUCAGGCCCCUGCAGAUGACUGUUCCAGGGGGGACGCCCAGUUUGAAAAUACUGUGGCUGAGCCAAGAGCCAGGAGUACAAGCCCGGCGUUUGGACACACUCCUAGCCUGCUUCAACCUUUCCUCCUCCAAAGAAGAACUGCAAACCGUGGAGAACCCAUUCAAAGCUUUGUGCUGCCUCUUGAUCUACCUCUUUGUCCAGGUGGACACUCUUUGCCUGGAGGAUUUGCAUGCAUUUAUUGCUCAAGCCUUGUGCCUCCAAGGAAAAUCAACCGCACAGCUUGUAAACUUACAGCUCGAUUACGUCAACUCCAGAGCUGUGCAGCUUGGAUCUCUGCUCGUCCGUGGCCUGACCACUCUGGUUCUGGCCAACAGUGCCUGUGGCUGCCCUUGGAGGAUGAGUGACUUCAUGCCCUGGAAUGUGUUUGAUGGGAAGCUUUUUCACCAGAAGUACCUGCAAUCUGAAAAAGGGUAUACCGUGGAGGAACUUUUAGAACAAAAUAGAUCUCGUCUCACCAAAUUCCAUAACCUGAAGGCCGUCGUCUGCAAGGCCUGCAUGAAGGAGAACAGGCGCAUUGUGGGCAGAACACACUGGAACUCACAGCACACAGGGCGAUGGGGAAGGCAGGGCCCUGGCUCCCACAGGACAAGCUCUGGGUACAGCCGUUCUGGCCAGGGACAGCCAUGGAGAGACCAGGGACCAGGAAACAGACAAUAUGAGCAUGACCAGUGGAGAAGAUACUAGUCAGCCUCCAGGUGGUCCUGCUGAUACCUGCAUGCUGGAAUGGGACAGAACCUUCCACAGUUGAAGAAAACGUGGUUUUAAAAGUAGGACAGUAAGAGUGAAAUCAACACAUCUUGCUUAUUCUGCAGUCAAGAUACGUAAUAAAAUUCACCUGUAUUUUACACAUUACAGACAUGCAGGACAUGUGUUGAAUGGCAUAAACUGGACAUGGUAUGUGUUUAGACUGUUCUGUGUGUCACCUGUGCCACAGCGGGGGAAGGGUUGGCACUCUUAAAGGAGCAGGAGUCAGAUGCAGAACUAACACACGACGGCUGGAGGUCGCCAUCAGAAAGCAACCUGCUGGCCACGCCAGAGUGUCACUGCACCUGCAUUCUUAGCUACUAGGAUCAUGCCUAACUUAAAUGUUUGUAAACUUACGGACAUCCGUGGUGAAUGUAUUUUCAGAAAAGAAUUAAAAAAUGGAGAACACAACUUGGACAUAGUUCUGGGGCCACGCAGUAGGCACUGCAAACCUCUCUCCAGCUUGGGAAGGUGGAGUGCAGAGUAUCGCCAGAACCCCCAGCCCCCAUUCCUCAUUUGCUUGGCUGUGUCGAAGCACCAGACUGCACCCACCACACUCGAGAACUGGAAUAUUGCUUCACAGCAAGUCAUUCUCCCAGUGCUUGGCCCCAUGCUUAAGAAUCUUGUAAAAGUUUGAUUCAUGCACAUCGUUAGUGUUUCCCAUGCUUCAGCUCUUAUGUUUUGGUUCCUUGUUUAAAUUUGUCUUGUGAGAAAUGCUGCUUUGUUAUUGGCUCAGGAGUUAUCCAUUGGUGAGUGGAAAAGACUGUCUGUGUUUACCAUUUUGCUCCUAGGAAUUUAGCCAGACCAUCGUCAUUUAAAUGCAGCCAACCUGGUGACACAUGCAGAGGUGACAGGCAUGAGUGCGAGUUACUCUGUGCUGCCAGUGCCUUGGAGCUGAGACGCGAAGGCAGUGUGCACAGGGCUGCGUGGGUCUGCUGGCUCCUCUUGUGUCAUGGUGGUGAUGCACGUCUGCCACUUAUUGCCAAGUAUAAAUGACUACUCUGCUGUUAUGAAUAAGAAAACAUGACUUAAUUUUUGCUUUUGGUUUUCAUUAGGACCUAUCACUAAAAUCCUAGAGCUGAUAAGGAGCUUGGGUAUCUAAGCCAGCAGUCCUGGUGACAAACAAGGUCUUGUAGGUUUGUGGUGCAGCGGCUCAGGCCCCGGUCCUGACCCUGCCUUCGCAUGUGGCCCCAAACUGGUGUUGUCAUUCUCCAGGCAACGAGUUUGCUGCAGCUCACAAUUUCUCAAAGGCAUGUCCUGCAUACACCCCUUGGAAGGAGGAAAAAUGUUCAUGCCCAUGUUGAUUUGUGAUCAUUAUUCUAAAGUUAUUUAAAGGUGCAGACAUAAUUCCUUAUGCUUAAAGCUCUUGAUACAACUUUCAAUCCAAGAUGUCAUAGAAAUGAAAGGAAAAUAAAAUUGUGGAACAAAUACUGCCAUUGCCACAACCCCUGAUAGCUUUCUGGGGCUGGCCAGCAGCCUAUGAAGGCUUCAUGCCAGAUGAUGGCCAAUUGGACCCCCUCGGGGGCUACCGGGGCCAGCCUCAGUGGAAGGACAGACGACAUGGGGAGCAGGACAGCAGAGUGGGACAUGACCAGGUUCUGCCCAGGUGCCACACCAGGCCAUGGUGCGGCUCCUGGUCCUUCCUGUCACCCUCUCCCCACCCCCUAACACCUGAGACAGGAGCUUUACCUGGAAGUGGAGCAUCCGCUGGGGCCAGACUUCCUGUGGGGCCAGCGCUGUCUCUAGCCCACUGCUGACCACAUGCUGAGCACCCUCCACGGUCAGUGGUGCUGGGGACAGGGUGGCAGGAGGGGCUCCCCAUCCAUGCAUGGCAUGUGCAGUGAGAAUGACCUCGCGUGUGGUAUACUUGGAGAUGAUUAAGGGUGGUCGGUGACAGCUGGUGAAUCUCAGAUGAAGUCUGUGUUUAAAGUGCCUGUUGCUUGGCUCUAAUAAAUCAGAUAUUUUUUGCA